UGACAGGUCGAACGGGAAAUGAUUUGACCCUGCCCUUGCAUCUAAAUGUAUCCGUAGUCAAACAAGCUCGGGAGUGUAAACUGUUCACGUCUAGUGUGUUUGUUUGAUAAUACUUAGAUUCACGUACCACAAGACGACGUCAUAAGGCAUGUGAGGAAAUUUGAAAGCGCAGGAGGCGCUGGUGUAACUCGAUCACUUUAAUAAUUCUUCCGCGAGUUGGUUUGUAGCCACUGCCGAGCAACUAAGAUGUCGGAGCCUAGUGGGAAAAGAUUAAAAACCAACCUCCCUAUCUGUAAGACGCAUCGUGUUUUUGUCGGUAGUAAAGUGAAGCAGAAUCUUCCUGCAGUCGUGGAGGAGAGUCUGUGUGGCGUUUCAACCUUACUAAUGGAAAUCGCGUACAGACUUGAAGCGUUGGGAAAGAUAUUUGAACAGGACAACUUGGCCCUGCCUAGAGUGGCAACCUUCUUCCAACUGGAGUCACAGAGGGAGCAGAAGCAGGCAGACGCCAUGCUCCAGUAUCUGAAUGAGCGCGGAGGACAGUACUGCAACAAAGACAUCAAGAGACCCGGUUGCGAGGCGGUUUGUGGCGUGCUCCCUGCUCUGGAGCUGACACUGACGCAGUGGAAGGAGGAGAUGGCCAUCAUGACGGAGCUGUCCCGACUCGCCUGCGAACACGGCGACCCUCACUCCGCGAGCGUGGUCAAGAGCCGCUUCCUGACCCCGGUCGUCCCAAAGGUCAAGCUGCUCGGUGACCUCUUGACCAACGCCCGGAGAGUGGGCUGCACCGCUGACGGAGCGGGGGGCUUCGGGGAGUACCUGAUCGACCAGCUCCAGGAGGAGCUCACCUCCAGCGCUUGAGCUUCCCCUCCUGUCUCCUGCUCCUCUCUGCUGGGUCCCCUCCUGAAUCUGUCCCGUCUGUGCCAAGGGUUGGGAAUGGAACCUGUUACUUGUUUGUUGAGUUUAAUAAACCGCUUGAUGUAAAGUGUUUGGUAGAGAGUGUGGCCCAGGGUAAUUGUUACAUGCUGACAUGUCCAAUACUGGUAUGGGAAAAGCAUGAGUUGUUUUCAAUACAGUCACGUUUGAAUUGUAAUCGUGGACUGCUCAUGGAUGAACCGUUCCUGUGGCCUUUUGUUAAUAGCUUCUCCUGAACUUUGUUGAUCCAAAUAUAUAUUUUCCUUUUGAAAGAGUUUUUAUGAUUAUUAUGAAUAGAUGCUCAUUCACCUUUUGUAGACAACACCAUUCAUACUCCAUUUAUUUGACAUGAACUAUUGUCAUAUCACAGUAUUUCCUUCCAUUAUCAUGUACAUUGACAAUUAUUAUGCAUCUGUAAGAAAUAACUGCAUUGUGUGUGUUAAUAAAAAGUUAGACAUUAUGCAUCAUAUUUUGGGAGUAUUUUAAAAACUGUGAUGCAAUCUGUGACUAACAGGUUUUUGCCAUGUGGCAAAGGGACUUGUCUUGUCAUUUGAAUGUCUUUAUUGUCUUUAACCGUCACAAUAUUGUCUCUAGCUAUUCUGAUGGGUUUUGACAGGCUGUUACAAACAUUUUGAAAUAAAAUUUUGAAUUCAGAA